AGUGGCCGGUGGUAGAGUCAGUCGGCUCGCGCGCGCGCCUCGCAUCGCACGCGUUUUCCCGCUAAAUAGACUUACGAAAUAACACGCCGUUCCACGCCCUGUUUUCGAAAAGUGUGAUAAACAAACUUUUUUUGUGUUAGUAAACUUAGUGUUGUGCUUGUGUGGAGUUGUUUUCUCUCAUUAGUGGUCACACUAUCCGGAUCUAAGGGACAUUCGUUCGAGAAUGCGCGUGUUGGAUGGCUAGAUUAGACAAAAGGGCGAGCCAUGACAGGAUGGAGAUGAAGCAGAGUUUAAUACAAUACUUGUAAACAACAUGAUAUGAACAUGGAAUCGCCAGUGAGAAUAUGUUUAGGUGCAGCAUUAGUAGUAAAUUUACUACUGUUGAGCAGCACAGCAGUUAGCGGUAGCGCUAUACCCGAUACGACAUCUACGACUGUCAAAGAUGAGAGGGCGCCGCGGUACGGCCGCGUCAACGGAACCUGGCUAGCAAGAAACCGACCCAAGACCCCAGAUGUCUCCCUUAACGAACUAAACCCUAAAGACUCAACCUCUGAAGAACAUACAGAAAAAAAUGCAAAAUAUAAGGACAGGGGAAGGGUCCGAUUCAAUUCACAGAUAAAAUCUAGCACAGAAAGUUCUCGAAGAAGAGUUAAGUCCACAGAAACCACCCCUAAGUUAGUUAUAGUAACUCCUACACCAGAAGUAAAGAGACCCGCUGAAAUUGUUGACAGUAUGCAAAAAUAUAAGAAAACGAAACUGCCAGCUUUUACUAGCAGCACCACACCCAUUAGUGUGAAGAAAGAAGUUCACAGUGAAGAAGCUUACGAGGAAGACGAAGAAGGUGAAGAAGACGAAGAAAAGGAAUCUUUCGAGAAAUUCACUUCUGGAAAAUUCGAUAACACUUUCUUUACUAUACCCAGUUUUAGCUACGGAAAUGACUUCACUCAUGACUCGGACAAUGAGAGCUCUGAUAACAAAGUAAAGAAUGAGUACAGCAGUCCAUCAUAUGGUGGAUUCUCUAGCUUAUUCCCCCGUGAAGCAUCAUACGGCUACAAAGAUACAACUUAUGAUAUAUUUAAAUCUGAAUCGUUCUUCGAUUUUGACACCGAAUUAACGACACCGAAAAACGACUACUUCGACAAGAAAUUUCAACGGAUCUCUUCAAGUAUUAUUAACAAUUUAGAUACUAUGAAAGCUAAAGCUACUCCUUCCAAUACACCCAAUGUCCAUAUUAUAAAGGAAAAUAUUGGUAUGGAGAAACUAGGUAAUAAUACUCCUACUAACAGGUCAUCAGUAUUUAUUAAAAACACCAAAGAAAUUCGACUCUUAGAUAAUGAUGGUGCUGACAGUUCCAAAAAAGAGUUAUCUGAUGUACAAGGUACAAGUAUAUAUUAUGAAAUGUCUGUCUUAUCAACUGAAACGUAUGCUAUCACUCAUGAUGAUGAUUGUGAUAAUGAAUCGUUACCUCUACCGACACCGAGUACGUCUGCAGAAGAAGAACUGGCGUCUCUUAAAGCCUCACGGCAUUCAGUCCCAACAGCGACUCGGCCACCACUGCCUGAUCCUAGCCCUGAGAGUAUAUCAGUAUCACCUACGAAUUAUAUUCCUCUAUCAAGUGGGAUACCCAUUAUAGAUACAAUAAAUUCUAUUCCAGUUUCUACUCAAAAUUCCAUAUCAUCGACGGAAAGAGUAACUAAAAAGUUUUCUAGUAGCUUCAACAGACAUCGAACUUAUUCCAAACGUCUUAAUAUAAAUAAUAAUAAUGACUCUCCUAAUAGCGUCACACCAAAACCUGAUAGUAUAAUCUCUUCGACUCCUAGUCCAAGGCUUCCAUUACGUAAGUUCCAUCAUACAACACCUAAAACAAAACCUAUUUGGAUGGUGCCUAGACGAAAUAUUACCAGACCAUACAUUCGACCUACGACUCCCACGACGAUAUACUCCGAGCAUUUUAGCGUAAAAGAAAAGACAACACCUCAACCGCGGCAACCGAGCAGGACAAUGUUGACGACAGUUUCUUCAGACAUCGAUCCUGUACUACAAAGCGAGAUAAGUGGAACUAAAAAGGUGGUGCAUUCUCAGUCGAUAUCUGAUAAUACGGUUCCAAGUUUGUGGAAACGGGGUUCGACAAAAUUUGCAUCGUCAACGGCGUCGUCAACUGAAGUGGAAACGGAGAGUGAAUGGCAGAUACCUCCAACAUCAACCGCAUGGGCCCUAGCUAGUCUACGCAGCCCGCCACCUGCACCUGGAUCCGUGAACAAAACCUCGACACAGAAGAGCGUCGACGAAAAUGAGUUGCAGAAAGUUGGAGAAGUUUUAGACAAAAAAGAAACAACGAGCGCAACAACAACAUCAACGACUGCGAGCACGAUAAGUAACGAUAUUGUUCCAAAGAAGAUAACGGAAGUGGUGCAGAACAAAUUACCUUGGCAUUCUAUGUUCACUCCAACAUCUCCAAGCUCAGAACUACAAACUGAAGUCACAUCUGAGAAUAAAACCGACUUAAGACAACCAGCUGAAAGUAAUAUUUCUCUUCAAAGUAGUGAAAAGCCAUCUACUACGGAUAGAUCAAAUUCUAUUGAAAAUCAAACCGAAGACUCUUGGGUUUCCGUAACAGUUGGAUCAGAUUCAUCUACGGACAAAAAGACAAUUCCACCAGUUGAUGCAACGAAGUCAACUGGUUUUGAAUCGAUAACGAAGCUACCAGCAGAUGUCACUACACCACAAGAUGAAUCUUUCGCUAGUUCGGAACUCAACCAGACGGUAACUGAGGACAAACCUAGGACUACUACUGACUAUGAAAUAACCACAAUUAGAUUUUCUUACGUACCAACUGAGGAUGUCGAAACUGAAUCGCCUUCUAUUCGUAGCACCACGCCUAGUAUGUGGCAUCCUGUUUUCCCGACUAGGACAAGAAUAACUACAGUUAAAGACACUCCUGUCACUACUUACAGACCUAAAUACUUAACAACGGAAACUGUAGAAGAAUCUACAACUACAGUAAUUGAAACUACAUCACCUAUAGAGGUUUCUUCACAAAUAUUAGAAAGUACUACAAAACAGGUGGUGGAAAUUACAUCCCCAACGGAAUCUCCUACGACGACGACUGAAAUUUUAACUGAAGCUCCUACUACAACAGAAAUUUAUACCCCUCAACCUACAACUCAAGAAGUUACUACUGAGUUGACUACAGUGGAGGUGGCAACAAAACCCACUACAAUAGUUCCGACGGAAGAAACAACGCCAGUAGUAACCACUCUAUCUCCAUCUAGCACAACCAGUGAAAUUGAGGAUACCACUACAAUUGUGGUAGAAAUCGUAACUGAAAUAAACACUGAAAGGGAACAACGAACCUCUACAACAACAGAAAUACCAGAAACAACUGAAACAUCAAGUGAAUCACAGGAAUCUGACUGUACUGAAGAGAGUAGUGGUAGCAAUGAAGUUAUUACUCAGGAGACUUCAAAACCUACUACAGUUGAAGCUACAACUGAAACUGUAACUGUGCCUACAACUAUUGUUCCUGUGACGGUGAUUAUAGAGAAGGUGACUACCCAGCCUACUACCACAAUGCGUGAAGAAACGACUACUCAGCGAAAUGCAAAGAUUCAUGAUACAACGGUAGUUGUGACUACGACUGUAGCAGAUGAUGCUAUGAAAACCAGCAAUGGAAUUGAUGAAGGAACAAGUUAUAUGGGAGAGAUGACGACUGAGGCGUCGUCGAGGGUGCUUGGUGAUGAGGAGGAUAAUGGGUCAGGAGCCGCUGUUGCCAUUGCUGUCAGUACUAUUGGAGUUAUAGCGCUGAUACUACUCAUUGGAUUGCUGUUGGUAGUUCGUCGUCGUGGUCGUCGAGGUAUUUAUGCUCAGCGCUGUACUCCCGUCUCUCUGGACGCGUAUAGCCUGGACAGCGUCAGCGUCGGCCACAGGAAGGGCAACCAUCGUCUGCGAGCCAGCAAAAGGAGCUACGGGAACCCUGCAUAUGAUGACGAGGUCACCUCCCACCCAAUGCAGUACGCAGCUUUGGCAAAUUUUGCGAUGGACAUAGAAUCCAUGACGGCAGAGUUCUCAGAAAUUCCCUCGGUGACCGUCAGGCCUGAUGAGGUCCCUCCGGGUUGUGAGGACAAGAACCGAUACUCCAACGUCCUCCCAUUGCCAGAGACCAGGGUCCCUCUGAAGAGACUCGGCAACGAUCCUACUACGGAGUAUAUUAACGCCAACUUUGUUACGGGCCCUGGCAACAUUCGCAACUACUAUAUAGCCACCCAGGCGCCGCUCUCCAACACCGUCGUUGACUUCUGGCGUAUGAUAUGGGAACAGAACUCGAGACUUAUCGUCAUGCUCACUGAGUACAUGGAGAAUGGAGUUGAAAAAUGCUACGAGUACCUUCCACCAUCAGAAAUAUCGGACAACAAGCGUAUGUUUGGGAACUUUAAAAUUAUCCUAAAGAAGCGAGAACAACGAGACAAGUAUGCGAUAUCCAGUGUCCAGCUCAUCAACCUGGAGACCAGGACCUGGAGGGAGAUCACUCACCUGUGGUACUUCUGGCCUGCUAAGGGCGUCCCUGAUGACUACGACUCCGUUAUAGAUUUCUUAGGUGAAAUGAGGAGUUACAUGAAAAUCGCACAAACUGCCAAGGAGUAUGAUGAAGAAGGUGUUGAAGUCAUAUACGGCGACCAGAACCGAUCGUCCUUCAGCAAUCUCUCUAAGUUGCGAAGUGAUGAAGGUGGCUCCGGUAAUGGCGUCAACGUAUACUCACCAGCUCGUGCCGAGGAACAGCUAAGACGAGCUGCCCCUACCAAUGGCACUCUUGGAAGAAUGAAGGCAGCUUCUGAAGUUGAAGGUAUCCGGCCAUGCGUGGUGACAUGCGCGUCGGGCGCGGGUAGGUCGGCGGCGCUGAUGGCGCUGGACGUGUGCGCACGCGCACUGCCGGCGGCGGCCGACGUGCCGCGCGUCGUGCGCUCGCUGCGCGCCCAGCGACCACACUCGCUCUCCAACAGGCACCACUAUAUCUUCGUCUACAAGGUGCUAAGUGAAUACGGCAACAAAAUGCUAGGCGGUGGUGUAGACACUAUCUGAAACCAUGGACUUCCCCAGACAAGAACUUUAUUCGUACCCAUGACAACGCUGGCGUAUGUAUCUCAAACCUAGUGUAUAGCCAGCCUUAGUUUAAAAAUAAACUAUUUGGAACAUACCAAAGUAUAAGUUACAAGAUCUCUAGAAAAUUGAUCGCUCAAAUUAAAAAGUAAUGAAUUAAAUGAGAAAUUAUUAUUUUUUUAAUAUAAUAUUAUUUUCAUGUUUAAUCUGUGGAUUUAUAGAUUUAUACUGAUUCAUGAUAAUUUCGCAUAAUUUUAAAAUUUUUAACGAAACUUGUACAUAAGAUUAUUUUAAGUAAGUUUUAUUUUUUGUUCGAACAAUUUAAUUUUUAUUUAUUUUUAGGGAAUCAUUCCACUAGUCUAUCGAUAUUUCGGUUUUCCUAGGUAAUGUUGUAAGCAUAAUUUCAAUCACAAUUAAUAAAAAUGUAUUUAAGCGUCGUUUAUUAAAUUUUGCUGUGAUUUCUACUAAAAUCCUAGUUUUAUACUUAAACUAACAUUACCAUAAUAUAUUUAAGUGGAUUAGAGAAAAUCUUUUUAUAGUAAAAUAACAAUUUUAACUAUGCAUGACAGUAUUAUCUAAUGGCAACUCUGGUUUAAGCUUGACAUUGUUUGUGUUGCCAUUUCUUUUUGUUUUGCAUUGUUAUUUUGUGCACUAGCAAUAAUGAAUUAAAAUACUCUGUGCUACUUUUAAAAAAUAGUAAAUAAUCCGGUGGUAUUUGAAUAUUAAAUUGUUAAUGAUUUUUUUGUUAUAUAUGGUAUCUAUUUAUUGUUGAAAUAUGUUGUUAAUUUUUUAUUUCACUUUACCGUUUGGUCUCCAUACACUAAUUAGCGCUGAUUUUUUAAUAGUCAGACAAAUGUUAUCCGAGGAUUAAAAUUGUUGCUGUCACUGUCUUAUACAAACAUUCUGACGCGAUAGCAUCAUAAUUAUACCCCGGCUAACUUUUAUCUAACCAUUGAAAUAUCAGCCCUUGAUUACACACCGUGUAAUAUUUUUAACUGCAAUGUAAUUUUAAUUAUCAGUUUCUUGAAAAUCGUUCAUUCAAC